AUACAUGGUACACUAUAUAAACAUAUCACAUCUCUUCUAAUCAAAAAACAGAAUUCAAGAUGUAUGUUACAAGGCAUCUCUCGGAAUACCAGAGAAACUCGUCGGACUUGACACGAUCAUUGCCGGAAGGUCCAAACUCCGGAGUACUUGUGAUUCAAGACGAAGACUCAAAGCCCACUUGUUGCUUUGGAACUUGCUACGAUGGUGAACUCAAAGGAUUACCAUUCCCACAAAACGCAAAGCUGACUGUGACUUACAGAACCGGAACUGGUAACGACAGGCGCAGUUACCAUGACCCGGUCCUGUUCAUUCCGGUUCUUGAUCAGCCUUAUUAUUCGAACCGUUAUUAUGUCAUUAAACGACGUGGGAAGCAAUCAGGAGGAGCUUCAGCGAGUGCAAAAGAAGAAGACAGAGUCCCCUGCUGCUUUUGCUUCAGCUAUGUUCCUGAAGUUAAACCACAAGAAGCAGAUCCUUAUGACAUUUAUCAGCAAUUCCAGAUCCAUCAAAAACAAUCAUCAUCUCGCUAUUACACUGCCACUUCUGUUGCUCCUGAUGGGAUACCACCAGAGUUCCUUAAGAGAAAGUAUUGGACUGUUGGGUAUUCGAAUUCCCAAGACUUUGGUUUGAUAGAUGAUGCAAAAGGGAUCAACACUAAGCUUCGUUCCGAGCUUCCCAACGAUGUGAAUACAAGUGUUGUGGUAGGGAAAUGGUAUGUUCCUUUCAUAUUUGUAAAAGAAAGAGAAGCAAAAGAUCAGAUUAAGAUCUCAGCUUAUUACAGCAUGACGCUUAAACAAAGAUGGGAAGAGGUUUACUCAUGCGAAAACGUUAAUAACAACGAAAAAGGAGGAGAGGUUGUACUUGAUGUUGACGUAGAAACAGAAGUGGUGAAGCUUGAGGGACAAGAAACUAUUUCUAGAAAGGCAAGUACUGGUGGAUUUGUUUGGUUUAGUGUUUUAAGGGAUGAGAGACAAGACCAGAAGAUAGGUCUUGGGUCUGUGGUCGUGGAGAGGAUGAAAUGGGAAGAGGGAAGGUUUGGGUGGUUAAACAAAGGCGAAAGAUCUAACAUUAAGAGAUCAGAGGGAUUCGAAGGUAGUUCAACGCAUUGGAAGAGUUAUCGAUGUUAUGUAUUGAUAGAGAGCUACGAAUUGAAGAGAAUGGAUGGGAGUUUGGUGUUGACAUAUGAGUUUAGGCAUGUUGAUAAGUUAAAGAGCAAGUGGGAUUGAGUUUCAUUUAUCUUUGUUCAGUUUCUGUGUGUCAUCUUUUGGUUCAAUAAUUAAUUUGGUGGAUAAGUUUUAUGCAAGUUCAUGU